AUGGGGCUUGAUGGGCAGCGAUACCGAGUCCACGUGCAUGUUACAACAAAAGGCAUGACUCCUCCACAGAGUGUGGACCUGGAGAGAUUCGAUCCCGACGGAAGCACGCACGUUCAGCCGCCACCGAAACUGCAUCACCAUUCACGAUUGGGGAGCAGAAAUUCAAGGUGGCCAGGAUAUCCAGAGCGACGGGGUCAACCAUCGCGAAUAAUGGCGGACCAUUUCACGUCAUACCGGAUCCCCGACGCAGAGACAGGGACUAGUAUCCAUCAUUCGCCACCCAUUCUCCCAGCCACAUUUACCGCCCCAGUUGCACAAGCCACAACACUCCCACCAGCCACGGAAGUUACCCCGCCUGAGGCACCAACUGCCCAGGUGUCAAUCAGACAUGACUAA